AUGCGAGUCCCCAGGGCAAUACUACUGACAGUUGUCUUGAUGGCAAUAUCCGAUACUGUCUCCUCAGCUGCGAAGUCCCACUUGACCACACCAUGUCUAACACGGCACGAUACGAAGAGGUUUCUAAGGGCUCACAAUACCGAGGAUAGAGGGAUCAGUACCCCCAAUGUCGAGAUGCUGCAGGGGUGGCUCAAGAAAGGUCUGCUCUCCGACGAAGCCGUUGGCCUGUUAUCACUCGGUCACAAGGCCGACGAUUUACUUAGCGGUUCGCUAUUGAGCGCUUGGGUCAGCUACAUUAAAGUCUUCAAUAAAGAGAACCCUACAGAGAAGAUGAAGACGAUCUCAGCGCUCACCGCUCGCUUCGGAGACGAAGCUCUGUCCACGAUGAUUGAAACAGCUAAAAGGGUCCCGAAGACGGAGGACGUCGCUACUAAAAUGCAAGCCAAGCAGAUCCAGAACUGGAUGACGCUUGGUAAAACCCCGGACGACGUUUUUACGCUGCUGAAACUCAAUACCGCCAAGUCGCUUUUAUUCGAUCAGCCUCCAGUCAACACUUGGCUACAGUAUAUGGACGAUUUCAGCAAGGCUAAACCUGAAGCACAGUUCUCUACCAUCGCGACAUUGAGGAAAUUGUACACCGACGAUGUAUUAGCCAAGAUGAUCAUUGUGGCUGGUAAAAACGCGAAAACUGCGGAGGCUGGUAAAAACGUGGAAACGGCGUUGUUACGCACCUGGUUUAACGAAAUGAAGACCCCGACAGAUAUCCUAAGGCUGUUAAAUGCUCGCGGGACUGGCCAGAGUCAAAAAUUCUUCGCGUCUAUAUGGACGAAAUACGACGAUUUAUUCCAAAAAGUGGAUCCCAAAUUCAAGACCGACAUGCUCAAGGACUGGCUGAAGAAGGGGUUGAUCACUGACGAGACGUUCCGAAUGCUAACGCUGGGCAACGCGGCUGACGAGUUUCUCAACGGCUCGUUGCUAAGCGCUUGGGCCACGUACAUCAAGGUGUUUAACCAGGAGAAUCCUACGCAGCAACUGAGUUUACUCGCGACACUCACCGCUCGAUUCGGUGACGAAGCUGUGUCGACGAUGGUUGAAACAGCCAAGAGUGUGCCCACGACAAAGGACGUCGCCAAUCGAGUUCAAGCGGAGCAGAUUCAGCACUGGAUGACGCUUGGUAAAACCCCGGACGACGUUUUUACGCUGCUGAAACUCAAUACCGCCAAGUCGCUUUUCUUCGAUCAGCCUCCAGUCAACACUUGGCUACAGUAUAUGGACAAUUUCAGCAAGGCUAACCCUGGAGCACAGUUUUCUACCAUCGCGACAUUGAGGAAAUUGUACACCGACGAUGUAUUAGCCAAGAUGAUCAUUGUGGCUGGUAAAAACGCGAAAACUGCGGAGGCUGGUAAAAACGUGGAAACGGCGUUGUUACGCACCUGGUUUAACGAAAUGAAGACCCCGACAGACGUCAUACGUCUGCUAGGUCUUCGCACGCCCGGCCAAACGUCUGUAGCCCCAGUUUUGACCAAGUACAUUGCGUUAUUCAACAAGGUGGAUCCCCGAUUUAAGACUGAAAUGCUCCAGAAUUGGCUAAAAAGAGGUUUAAUCACUGACGAAACCUUCCGAUUGCUCACAUUGGGCAACACGGCUGACGAGCUCCUCAACGGCUCCAUGCUAAGCGCUUGGGCCACGUACAUCAAGGUGUUCAACCAGGAGAAUCCAACGCAGCCAAUGAGCCUACUCGCGUCGCUCACCGCUCGAUUCGGUGACGAAGCUGCGUCAACGAUGCUCGAAGCAGCUAGGAAGACGCCUACGACGAAACGUCUUGCUUCGAGUAUCCAGAGAGAGCAGAGUCGACAUUGGCUUAGCGUCAAGAAACAUCCGGACGACAUCUUCGUCCUACUGAAGCUCAAUACCGCGACCUCUCGGCUGUUUGACCAGCCUCAACUGAACACGUGGGUGAGGUAUGUGGACGCUUUCAAUGAGGCCAACCCGACGAGUACAACGACGUUAUUGUCCACCUUGCGGACACGAUACAAGGAGGACACGUUGGCUCAAAUGCUCGUCGUGGCGAGGACCAAAGGGGGCUCCGUGGGGCAAACCGCGACUCGAAUUCAGGCGGAACAAACGAAACUUUGGCUGAAAAGUAACAAAACGCCGGGAGAGGUGUUCGAAAUGUUACAAUUGAAGAAAUUGGGCACCAACUUCCUUAGUCACCCAAUUUUCAAUGCAUGGGUGAAAUACACGGACGACUACCGCAAGAAAAACCUAGGGACAUAUCGCUCUGCACUGACCACGUUGAGAAAAACCCACAGUGACGAAACGCUGGCGAAAUUGUUCAUUGAGGCGAGUAAAGUGGCGAAAACGGCGAAAAUGGGGAAACGUCUGCAUGCUGAGCUACUACGCGAAUGGUCCCUCACUGGAGCGACACCCGUGCGGGUCUUUUUGCGUCUGAACCUCGGCAAAAUGGACCCAAAGGUGUUUGAAAGUCCGCUGUACUCUAUGUGGACGAGCUACAUUUCCAUGUUCAAAAAGGUGAACCCCACGUUCAAGGACGAUCCAGUGAAGAUGCUGGUAUCGAUCUAUGGUCACAGAGACCUGACGGCCUUGCUCCUUGCGGCGGAGAAAGCUCCGAGUACUAAGGAUAUCGCCAUUAAGUUGCAGAAGGAGCUGCUCGAGCUCUGGCAAGCAGCCAAGAUGGACCCAUCACGCGUCUACAGUGCACUGCAUGUGGAACGUGAAGCCAAGAAUUCACCCAUUAGAAUGUUCUGGAGUGAGUACGUCAAGGCCUUUAGGAACUCGAAUUAA